UUCUUUGGGGCUUUUGUCCCACGUGAUGUUCCACACUAGUCUUGAAGUGCUUAAGAGAAGGGAGCGAGGGAGGUGUUAGGGCGAGAGUCCUGCCCGCGUUUGCUGUAGGGGAGCCUUCGGAGCUGCAGGGAAGAUAGAGGGAGGAGACCGGGAGGCUGGAAGCUGAAGCCAUUAGUCACCUCGAUGGCUGCCCAGGGCUGUGCGCCGCGGCGGCUGCUCCCGCUGCUGCAGCUGCUGCUGCUUGGUGCGGGCGCGGCGGGCGCGCAGUGGCGCGGGGAGGGCACCAGCAGGAACCUGGAGAGCAUCUUCCUGGGCCGCUGUGCGGAGUACAGCUCGCUGCUGCAGAGCCCGGCGGAGCGGGAAAAGAACUGCACGGCCAUCUGGGAAGCAUUUAAAGUGGUGCUGGACAAGGAUCCCUGUUCUGUGCUUCCCUCAGACUACGACCUUUUCAUUAACCUCUCCAGGCACGCGCUUCCCAGAGACAAGUCCCUAUUCUGGGAAAAUAACCACCUGCUUGUUACUAGCUUUGCGGAGAACGGCCAUCGCCUUAUGCCCCUAUGUGAUGUUCUGUAUGGCAGAGUUGGCGACUUCUUGAGCUGGUGUAGACAGAAAAAUGGUUCUGGACUCGAUUAUGAAUCCUGCCCUUCCUCAGAAGACUGUGAGAACAAUCCUGUGGACUCCUAUUGGAAAAGGGCAUCCAUCCAGUAUUCCAUGGAUAGUUCUGGGGUGAUCUACGUCAUGUUGAAUGGUUCAGAGCCAAAAGGAGCCUAUCCUGUCAAAGGGUUUUUUGCAGAUUUUGAAAUUCCAUACUUGCAGAAGGAUAAAAUCACACGAAUUGAGAUCUGGGUAAUGCAUGAAAUCCGAGGACCCAAAGUGGAAUCUUGCGGAGAGGGCACCGUGAAAAUUCUGGAAGAGAGACUGGAGGCCAUGGGGUUCCAGUACAGCUGUGUUAAUGAUUACCUGCCAGUAAAGCUCUUAAUGUGCGUGGACCACAGCACUCAUCCUGAUUGUGCCUUAACUUCGGCAGCAGCAUCUACUCAAAGAGAUGGCUCAUCACUUUAUACAGACCGAGGGGCCACCCUUAUCAUGGCUCUCUUAAUGGCCUUGGCUUCAGGCGCUCAAAUGCAGCUAGAACCUCCACUCUCCUAACUGGCCUUCAGCCCAACGCCUACCCCUGCACAGUCACCACUCCUGUGUAGUCCAAGUGACCCUAUGGUCUAAAGAAGCCACUUUCUGUGAAAACAGUGUCCCGAAACGGUAUUUCAAUAACUCAUGUGCUCAAGAUUUCAGAAAAAAAAUUAAACUAGUUCUAUUUAGUAUAUUAUUUUCAUAAUGCUACAGAACAUUGAGCUCAAGAUUGUAAUGUAAUUUUAUGUAAUCAAAUAUUUUUAGAAUUUCUAAUAGAACUAUAUUUUACCUUUUCUGUAUUUUUCUACAUACCCAGCAUUGCAUGCUACAUGCUUUUUAUAACUUGAGAUUUGUGCACAUUAUGUAAAUGUAUAGGUAUCUGGUAUGCCAAAAUUUAUAUAUGAUACUCAUUUCAUGGUUAUUUAUAAUGAGGGAAAGACCCAAAAUGCCCAAUAAUAUUUACAUCUUUACAGAAACUGUUUGGCACUGUUCACAUAGGAAAAUGUUAAUGAUAAGUGUGAGAGAUAGGAUAUAAAACUAUCCAUAUAAUCAAAUUGUCUAAAAUAUAGUACAAGUUCAAUAAUUCCCUUAUGAGUGUGUAUAUGAUGUGCAUGUACUGUAAAUGAAUGAAAGGAAAGAUAAUAAACAAUCAUC